AUGUCGUCGCCGGAGCCAAUGCAAUCGCCAAUCGAGGCCCUCGAGACGGCCCGACGCGAAAGCCAACAAGCUUCGUACAAGCAGCUGCACGCCACUCUGCAAGAGCUCAACCGCCUCGAUGUACCGGUGUUGGAGGACUCGCAUCUGCAAGCCCUCGGCAUCCGCAAGCUCCCCGAUAUCGACGUCGACGAGCACGCGCCAUUUGACCCAGAACCUCUGUACUUCCGCCCCUACCCUCUCGGCGGCGUGGACGACCUGCCAAGUUUCGUCGAUGACGUACUCCACAAGCGGUUGAUUCACACUCAAGAUCAAUGGAAAAACCCUUGCAUGGAGUCUUAUUGCCCGGGUGAAUAUAUACCCCAUGGCUUGCACUGUUCAUGUAAGCGGUACAAGUGGGCCGCUUCCAAGGCUGGGAAGUAUGGUGACGGCAUUUUGGGGAAGACAAAGUGGCAGUACGUCAACUCUCUGUCAGAUGAAGAUGACAUGUAUCUGGAAGAAGAUGUCUCCAACAGGUUUUGUCGGGACGGGGAGCUCCUUAACGCAUACGGCACUCCUGGCUUUUACGAAUUAUGUUCGAGAGAUCGCUGGGAGACAGAUAUGAGCAAGCCGCACAUGGGUGUUGUCGUCUGCGAUUCGUCUAGGAGCAGCCCGGCCACUCUAGCCAGCGAAGUAGCGGCUGCCAUCACCGUGCUCAAAUUUCGUUUUCGCCGCGGCGAUUUUGUCAAUUUUCACACCAUACCUAUCAUCGUCUACAGCUUCCAUCAUGACGAAUCUGCUCGCAUCACACAGGCGUAUUGGGAUGGUGAUGGUCUCGUGAUUCGCCAGUCAAGGCUGCUGAACCUUCGCGGUGAUCAACCCACAAGCGACGCAUACCUGUUUAUAAGAUGGCUGGCCAACAAGCCGGUUGGGGAGACAGCCUACCAGGUGCCGCAGGACACCAGAAACCUCGGCAAUGGCGAGAAGCCGCGGCCGGAUUGUGCUACACGCUGGGACAUUAGCAUUGUUGGGGGCUUCAGAAGCGCCCGGGUGGUCUACAGGGAGAGGCCUUUGGCGCCGUCCGUGGCCGCAUCGUGGCUGGGCAACAAGCGCCUGAUGUAA